UGUCUUGAUAAAAAAACUCAGAAAAAAUGUCUGGACGUGGCAAAGGUGGUAAAAGCAAAAAUAAAUCAAAAUCUCGUUCAGCUCGUUCAGGACUUCAAUUUCCUGUAGGGAGAAUUCACAGAUUAUUACGUAAGGGACACUACGCUGAAAGAGUCGGGGCGGGGGCUCCGGUUUAUUUAGCUGCCGUACUGGAAUAUUUGGCCGCAGAAGUUUUGGAAUUAGCAGGUAAUGCUGCAAGGGACAACAAAAAGACCAGAAUCAUUCCAAGACAUCUACAACUAGCCAUCAGAAAUGACGAGGAAUUGAACAAGCUACUGUCUGGUGUGACCAUUGCACAAGGAGGUGUAUUGCCAAACAUCCAAGCUGUUUUACUGCCAAAGAAGUCUGGUUCAGGAACCGUUGCUGCAGGAGGAAAAUCUAACAAGACGCAAUCACAGGAUUAUUGA